AGGGGAGGGAGAGGUACCCUUAUGACCAGUAUGAGAGGUACCCUCCGGGUAGCAGUGGGUAUGAUCGGUACCCCGUGGGUGGAGGUGGGUCAGGUGGGUCCGGCGGGUACUACGGGUCCAGCAGUGGGUACUACCCGGCGGAGGGUCAAACACGUGGAGUGGGUCAAAUUCGGGUUAUUACCCUGGUGGGUCCAGUGGGUCCGGGGGGUGGGGGAACUACAACUCGCGCCCUUACCCCAGUGGAAACCAAGGUAAAGAAAUCUCCCGUCUCCCGGGGGACCGAACGAAUUACUUUCAACAAACCGAGUCCAGUCCUCGGCCGCUUGACAACGAUAGACGAUUCGAUACCGAUCGUCGCCAUGACAACGGGGGUAUUUCCACUGGGGGCACGGGGGUCCUGCCACAAACCACCCUUACUCUUCACAAGUACGAAAAGGAGCCCCCCAUCCCCAUGGGCCUACUUCACAAGCAGAAGGAAAAGGGGGGCAGCGGUGGUGGUGGGUCGGACGUAGUAGAAAAAGGCUGCCUGAGUCGCCUUCGUUUGGGGGGUGGUCAGUCCCCCUCGGGUCCGUUGUUACCAGAAUUGGCAAGGGCCACGUUUCCCGUGAAAACCAUGGAGGAGUGCGAAAUGGAGUGUAUGCAGAGUUUACAAGUUUUGAGGUUUCCUUGUAAAGUUAUGGUGUUUAGACCCACCCAAUCCUCCUCCUCCCACUCUGCCGGAGUCUGCCAGCUGUCCUCCACCCCUGGCCACACCCUCCGCGACCAGGACUUCACCACCAGCGGGAACAACUAUGACCGCACCACCGUCCUCAUCUACGACGAAACUCUGAGUGGGUGUGGUCGUGGGGAGAACAGGCGCCAGGACGAUUAUUACGAUCGGUAUGGGAGUGAUCGGUAUGGGAGUGAUAGGUACGGAAGUGGUCAGAGUGGGUGGAGUCAAGGGGGGAGGUACGGAUCCAGUGGGUGGAGUCAAUCCGGGUGGUACCCUUCCACCUCCUCCUCUUCGGGUGGUAACUACGCGCAACGGGAGUACUACGGGUCGAGCCGUCCCCAGCAGAACUACUACCAAACUAAUUACCAGAAUAAUUACAAUCAUCCCCAAUUUCCGAGCACCCACCGCACCACGGUGGACGGGGAGCCCUGCCUCCACUCCUGUGUUCGGAACUCUGACGCCGGGUUUUACUACUGCCAAACGGACCACGAGGGGGCUUGGAAUUUUUGCUGUCGGCCGGAUGACGGGGGGCAGUGCGGCUACUCCAGGGGCUUGAGCUUCGCGUGGUGCUAUGUGGGGACGGGCCCCUCCCGCGACGUCUGGCGGACCUGUAAACGACCCCCCGGUCCCCCGACGACCGUUCAAUAUUUGCAUGAAGACAAACCCCCAGUGGUUGUUUUAGGAGGACUGAAAGGGGAGGAACCCUUGGGGAAUUUGACCGUGGGUGGGGUGGCCAGUGUUUUGGGUGGGAGUGGGGGUGGGGGGAGUAGUGGGGAAAAGACUGGGGAUAAUUUACUCAGGGGGAGUGAGCAAGUGGGGGAGGUGUUGAGUGGGGAGGGGGGGAACAAUGGGACCAAGAUUAAAUAG